AUGUUCAUUCUCAACGAGUACAUUGAAGAGCAUGUUAAGCGGCAUGGUCGGCGGUUAGAUUACUUCGAGAAAAAGCGGAAACGCGAAGCUCGUGCUGUUCACCGCUCCUCCGCAACUGCUCAAAAGGCCUUCGGACUGAAGGCUAAACUUCUCCAUGCCAAACGUCAUGCGGAGAAAGUACAGAUGAAGAAAACUCUCAAGGCGCACGACGAGCGCAAUGUCAAACAGAAGGAUAGCUCGUCUGCCCCGGAGGGUGCUCUGCCCACCUACCUGCUCGACCGCGAGACCCAAAAGGAUGCGAAGGCAUUGUCGACGGCAAUCAAGGAGAAGCGGAAAGACAAGGCGGCAAAGUAUGCGGUUCCGCUCCCCAAGGUCAGGGGCAUCGCGGAGGACGAGAUGUUCAAGGUCAUGCGCACGGGGAAGAGCAAGAAGAAGGCGUGGAAGCGGAUGGUCACGAAGGCGACGUUCGUCGGGGAGGGUUUCACCCGGAAACCCGUCAAAAUGGAAAGGUUCAUUCGCCCGAUGGCGCUUCGGUACAAGAAGGCCAACGUCACCCAUCCGGAUCUCAAGGCAACGUUCCAACUACAGAUCCUUGGUGUCAAGAAGAACCCCCAGUCCCCUAUGUAUACACAACUGGGGGUGCUCACCAAGGGUACUGUCAUCGAGGUCAACGUUUCCGAGCUGGGUAUAGUUACUGCGGGCGGCAAAGUUGUGUUCGGCAAGUACGCACAAGUCACCAACAACCCGGAGAACGACGGCUGCAUCAAUGCUGUGCUACGUACGUUCCUAUUUAUCGCCGUCGACCAGCUCUCAUUACUCACCACCGCUUUCCUAGUCGUUUGA